AUGGCGCUGCUGGGGGCCGCACACAAGUGGAAGAACGUUGGAGUUGCGAGGCUUGCGUUUGAGGCCGUCAUGAAGCUGGCCAGUGGAAACAUGGGUGUAUUGUCCUCGGCUUGUGUGCUUAUGUCUAACGUCUAUGCUGGCGUUGGAAUGUGGGAAGAGUAUGAAAAGCUCCAGAACAGAACGCUUCGAGAGCUGAGCAGCUUGAAGAGCUGCAGGGCAUUUUCCAGCCUGUUUUCUUUCGAGUCUAGUGACGAGGUCCAGAGGUGGUCACACUCCAGGACUGGAGCAGCGGGAGAAAUCCACACUCGUGGAUCUCCUGGCCAGUGUCCUUCUUGGCAAGCUUGUGCUAUUCCUGUUAUGGGUGGUAUCUCUCGCCGCCAUGGAAACACUUGCCAGGCAUCGUCCGUGGAGCCACAGGUACAUAUCAAUAGUGAGGUUCGGAGAUCUAGUGGCCUGAGCAUCAUGGAUAGGCAGCCUCCUUCUCGCGUCCAAGUGCAGCAACUGGAGAAUGAGAUCCCUGGCUUCAUCGCUCACUUCUCUAGGGAAGACGAGGCAGCGCUUCAAAGUCCCGGUAUCUUUGUCACGGUCUCGGCGCUCAAGGCGUGCAGCAGUACCCGAGACCUCGAGGCCGGGAAGCUCAUUCACGCCGCUUCCAUCCGAGAUGGCAGCCACACGGACGUCUUCGUGGCCAGCACCGCCAUCAGCAUGUUCUCGCGAUGCGGGAGCCUUCCCGAGGCUCGCCUCGUCUUCAACUCCAUUCUCGACUGCUGCUACGCCACUGCUGUCCCCUGGAACGCCCUCAUGCUCGGCUACACGGACAGCGGCCAGGGAGAGCUCGCCCUCGAGCUCUUCUCGAAGAUGGAGUCCGAAUACAGCCUGCCACCUGAUCCGGGAACCUUUGUGGCCGCUCUCAAAGCUUGCACCAGCGUCGCGGCUAAGGAAGACGAGCAGCCUAUACUCAAGGUCGUGGUGAAGUUCAGGAGCCUCGAACGGGGCAUGGAAAUCCACUCCCGAGCCGUGACUUCCGGCUGUGAGUUCCUUGGCUUCGUCAUGAACAGUCUCGUCGACAUGUACUCCAAGUGUGGCAGCCUGCUCGAUGCUCGGAUGGUCUUCGACAGGAUGGCUUGGCGGACUGUCGUGUCGUGGAACUCGUUGAUUCUCGGCUACGCAGAGAGAGGCGCGGAAGAGUUGGCUGUGGAACUUUUCUGGUCCAUGGAAGCUCAGGGCUUCUCUCCGGAUGAUAGAAGCUUCAUGGCCGUUCUCAAAGCAUGUACCAAGCUUGCCGAGAAGGACACUGGCCAGGAGAUCCACAGCAGGCUCGUCAAAGUGAAGUGUCUUGGCUGCGGCAUGGCCUUGCACUUGAAAGCUACACGGAGUGGCUUCGACGGUAACUUGUUCGUUGCCAGCUCCUUGGUCGACAUGUACUCCAAGUGUGGCAGCAUGCUGGACGCUCGGAGAGUCUUCGAUGCUUUCGCGCAGCACGAUGUAGUGUUGUGGACAGCCCUCAUGCUCGGCUACGUUGAAAACGGUGACGAGAGGCUGGCUCUGGAAAUCUUCGACUACUUGCAAGGCCAGGAGGCCUACUCCAUCGCCAACUCCCUCACCUUCGUGGCUGCUCUCAAGGCCUGCAUUGGUCUUGCGUCGAGGGAACCGGAUCAAGAACUUGAUGGAAGGAUUGUGAAGCUGGAAUCGCUGUCCAGGGGCAAACGCAUCCACUCACAAGCUGUAAGCUGCCGCUGCGACUCGGAUAUCAUGGUGGCCAACACGCUGGUGGACAUGUACGCCAAGUGUGGUAGCUUGGUCGAUGCCAGGAGGGUCUUCGACUGCAUGCCUUGUAGAACCGUGGUGUCCUGGAACGUCUUGUUGCUCGGCUACGCAGAGAAUAACGAGGGAGAGCUUGGUCUUGACUUGUUCUCUCGGAUGAUGGCUGGUAGUGACGAUAGAAUAGCACCGGAUUCUCGAUCUUUUGUCGCAGCUCUCAAGGCCUGCACUCUCGUCGCGGUGAAAGAGGAAGGCCAGAAAGUCGACGGGAAGCUCGUCAAAGUGAAGGCGAUGGAAGCAGGAAUGGCGAUCCACUCGCAGGCCAGUCUUGACACGGACGUGUUCGUAGCCAGCACGCUCGUUGACAUGUACGCCAAGUGUGGAAGCUUGCUGGACUCGCGCAGGGCCUUCGAUAAAAUCCCAGCUCAAGCCCGGGACGUGGUUCUCUGGACGUCGCUUAUCCUCGGCUACUCAGAGAAUGACGAGCCUCAGCUGACACUGGAACUCUUCUCGCAGAUGCGGCACUUCCAAAUCCUCCCAAACGCCCGGACUUUCAUGGCUGCUCUCAAGGCGUGCACAAAGUUGGCGGCGUUGGAACAAGGCAGUGAAGUCAAGAUCGAUGCUGGAAAGGUGGCCGUGGUGAAGCUGAAAGCUCUAGAGAUUGGCCAUGACAUCCACGCUCAGGCCACUAGAUCUAUGAGUGAAUCGGAGCUCUUCGUCUUCAACCUCACGAUCGAUAUGUACUCCAACUGUGGCUCCAUGGACGAUGCCCGGCGAGUGUUUGACACCAUGGCGGCGAGAGACAUGGUUUCCUGGACCACCCUGAUACUCGGCUACACCGAGAACUCACAGCCGCAGCUAAGCCUCGAGCUCUUCUCGUCUCUCAAGCUGCAAGCGAACGAAUGGUUCCCAAAUGCUCGAGCGUACGUGACUGCUCUCAAAUCCUGUAGCUCCGUGCUGGAUGUGGAGCUUGGCCGACAGAUCCACGGCGAGCUCUCCAGGUUCGGCCUUGAAAGCGAUCCAGUGGCAACGAAUUCCCUCGUCGAUCUCUACGGAAAGGCUGGAAGGAUUCUCAAUGCCCAGCUCUUGUUUGACGUUUCUUCUUCCAGCAGCAUCAUCACCUGGAAUGCCCUCGUCACCGGCUAUGGCAGGCAAGGGGAUGUGGAACGCGUCUUGGAUCUCUACCAAAGAAUGACCAGCAGCGAGGGCCCCAACCCGGAUGGAAUCACCAUGGUUUGUGUUCUUGCAGCUUGCAGCCACGGCGGCAAUGUGUCCCUGGGCAAGAAAUAUUUCCAGGCGAUGCUGGAUUCGCCUGUGACCCCAUCCAUCGAGCACUACCACUGCAUGAUCGAUCUCCUUGGCCGGGCCAACGAGCUGGCCGCCGCAUUGGAGAUGAUCACCUCGAUGCCCUUCCGGCCAAGCGCAAUUACCUGGAUGACCGUGCUGGGUGCCUGCCAGAAGUGGUCCAAUGCCCCCGUGGGCCGCCUAGCGCUGGAUGCGCUGCUGGGGAUGGAGGACAUCGGCGACAAGGAGGAGACGGCGCUGCUGCUGAUGAUCAACAUCUACGCCGCGGCUGGAAUGCGCGAGGAGCUGAGGGAGCUGGAGGAGAUCCGCGGCCGGAGGAAACAAGGAUCCUAA